AUGGACCACGAUUUUAGAACCUCGGUUAUUCGCAAACCGAGCGCCAAACAGCUCGGGCAACAGCUUAGCCAGCAUAGACUCGAUGACUUGUUUGGCAGAUCGCAGCUUUCGACGGUACGUGAGACAGAGUCGGAACACGCGCCUCAAAGGCUACUGAAAACCAAAAAGUCCAAGUUGCUCGCCAAAUACAAAGAUGACGACUUAGAAGACGACCAAUGGGAGCAGUUCGAAAACAUAGAUUUGGGAGCGCGGCUAAAGCAGCGCCGAGAACACAAAGACACAUUUGCACCGCGCUCCCAAAGCAGCCUUUCCAUCUCGUCAGGAUUCAGCAGCGUGUCUGCCAAUAGCUCUCACUUCGUCGAGUCUGAUACAGAACACAGCGACUAUGCUGAAGAUUUUGAUGAUCUAGAGCAAAAUCUGAAUCUGGCCCAAAAAUUGGAGCUUCGUCGCCAACAGGCAGAGAAGCUAGCAGAUAUCACGCGACGCGCCUCCAGAUUAUAUCUGGAUGAUGAACGUACCUAUGAAGAUGAUUUCGACAACUUCCAGUCAUCGGGACCAAACGUUCGACAGUUUAAAGUGGUGAGCCCGAGAAAGGUGCGCAGUAAGACUUCCGCUCCGGUUCUUUCAAACGACCUCGGUCGCCGCUCUCUCCGCAAGUCGUCCUCCACAAUGGACAUUCCUCGCUCGAGUCUUUCGCGCUCUCUGCAUCGCACUAUGUCAACGGUAGACUUGAUGCCGAUGGCCCGCGUUAAGAAAUAUACAUCAGAGUUCGAAGAGACUGACGAUUAUCCAGAAGACUUGACCAUUACUCUCUCCGAUUACAAAAGACUGAAACGCAAGAGUCGCGCUCUGGAUCUUUCUAAAUAUGCAGAGAAGGAUACCCGUUCUCGUCGUACUCACUUCACAGAUCCGUCAGUGACUAAUAGCACACGAUUAACCAAGGAAGGGAAGCUCAAGAUGAUUCGAUCACUGGGACGGGCAAGGGCUCGUCAAGUGAUGGGUGGCAUGAUCUACGAUCCGGAGGAAAUGAAGUGGCAGGGUAAUGAAGACGACUUGAGCCUGUUCGAGUCGCAGAUCUCUAGAAGACCAGCGCCAUCAAAAAAGUCUUCGAUGCAACGCAGCCAGAGUAGCAAGAAUUUGCAAGUUGUCGGAAACAUGAUAUACGAUGACGAAAACCUUCGCUGGGUUAGCAUGACAGGCAAAUACGAAGAUGACCCCUUCGCGAAUUUUGAUGAUACCAUCAAAGAUCCUCCAAAGAGAAAGAAAGAGCCCAAAAAUGUACCUAAAACUGCCCAUACCGAGCACUUCCUCAUAUCGGACGAUCUGUACAAAAGUUGGAAGCAAGAACACCAGCGCUGGGUGCGCAAGGUCAGCAACUGGUUUCCUACUGACGACGAGGGAUUUGCUUACUGCUAUGAGUUAAAGACAUUCUUAAAUGAUAAUUAG